GCGUCAGCGACCCGUGGGGCCCCGUGGCGGAAGCCGACGGCGGGCCGUGCACAGCCUGCGGGCGGGCGCUGCCUCUGGCUCUCCGCCUCGAGGCGCGGCGGCGGCGGCGGCGGCGGCGAAGGCGGCGCGGGAGGGAGCCGCGGACCAGCGACUGGAACUCUAUUUUAAGAACCUUUCAAAAAGAAAAAAUCAAGUCAUGGAGAAGAAUGGGAAUAAUCGGAAGCUGCGGGUUUGUGUUGCUACUUGCAACCGUGCUGAUUAUUCUAAACUUGCACCGAUCAUGUUUGGCAUUAAAACGGAACCUGAGUUCUUUGACCUGGACGUCGUGGUGCUUGGCUCUCACCUGAUCGAUGACUAUGGAAAUACGUACCGCAUGAUUGAACAAGAUGACUUUGACAUUAACACCAGGCUACACACGAUUGUUAGAGGGGAAGAUGAGGCAGCUAUGGUUGAGUCAGUAGGCCUGGCCCUAGUGAAGCUACCAGAUGUCCUUAAUCGCCUGAAGCCUGACAUCAUGAUUGUCCAUGGAGACAGGUUUGAUGCCCUGGCACUGGCAACAUCUGCUGCCUUGAUGAACAUCCGAAUCCUUCACAUUGAAGGCGGGGAAGUCAGUGGGACCAUUGACGAUUCCAUUAGACAUGCCAUAACAAAACUGGCUCACUAUCAUGUGUGCUGCACCCGAAGCGCAGAGCAACACCUGAUAUCCAUGUGUGAGGACCAUGACCGCAUCCUGCUGGCAGGCUGUCCUUCCUAUGACAAACUUCUCUGUGCCAAGAACAAAGACUACAUGAGCAUCAUUCGCAUGUGGUUAGGUGAUGAUGUAAAACCUAAAGAUUACAUUGUUGCUCUUCAACACCCAGUGACCACUGACAUUAAGCAUUCCAUUAAAAUGUUUGAGUUAACAUUGGAUGCACUUAUCUCAUUUAACAAGCGGACCCUAGUUCUGUUUCCAAAUAUUGAUGCAGGGAGCAAAGAGAUGGUUCGAGUGAUGCGGAAGAAGGGCAUCGAGCAUCAUCCUAAUUUUCGGGCAGUUAAACAUGUCCCAUUUGAACAGUUUAUACAGUUGGUUGCCCACGCUGGUUGUGUGAUUGGGAAUAGCAGUUGUGGGGUACGAGAGGUUGGAGCUUUUGGAACACCAGUGAUCAAUCUAGGAACACGGCAGAUUGGAAGAGAAACAGGGGAGAAUGUUCUUCAUGUCCGGGAUGCUGAUACCCAAGACAAAAUAUUGCAAGCACUGCACCUUCAGUUUGGUAAACAGUACCCUUGCUCAAAGAUAUAUGGGGAUGGAAAUGCUGUUCCAAGGAUUUUGAAGUUUCUCAAAUCUAUCGAUCUUCAAGAGCCACUACAAAAGAAAUUCUGCUUUCCUCCUGUGAAGGACAAUAUCUCUCAAGACAUUGACCAUAUUCUUGAAACUCUGAGUGCCUUGGCUGUUGAUCUCGGCGGGACAAACCUCCGAGUUGCAAUAGUCAGCAUGAAGGGUGAAAUAGUUAAGAAGUAUACUCAGUUCAAUCCUAAAACCUAUGAAGAGAGGAUUAAUUUAAUCUUACAGAUGUGUGUAGAAGCUGCAGCAGAAGCUGUAAAACUUAACUGCAGAAUUUUGGGCGUAGGUAUUUCCACAGGUGGCCGUGUAAAUCCUCGGGAAGGAGUUGUGCUGCAUUCAACCAAACUGAUCCAAGAAUGGAACUCUGUGGACCUCAGGACUCCCCUGUCUGAUACUUUGCAUCUCCCCGUGUGGGUAGACAAUGAUGGCAACUGUGCCGCCAUGGCGGAAAGGAAAUUUGGUCAAGGAAAGGGCCUGGAAAACUUUGUGACAUUUAUUACAGGCACAGGAAUUGGCGGGGGAAUCAUCCAUCAGCAUGAAUUGAUCCAUGGAAGUUCCUUCUGUGCUGCAGAACUUGGCCACCUUGUUGUGUCUCUAGAUGGGCCUGAUUGUUCCUGUGGAAGCCAUGGGUGCAUUGAAGCAUAUGCCUCUGGAAUGGCCUUACAGAAGGAAGCAAAAAAGCUACAUGAUGAAGACCUGCUCUUGGUGGAAGGGAUGUCAGUGCCAAAAGACGAAGCUGUGGGUGCACUUCAUCUUAUCCAAGCUGCGAAACUUGGCAACGUGAAAGCCCAGAGCAUCUUGAGAACAGCUGGAACGGCUUUGGGUCUUGGGGUUGUGAACAUCCUCCACACUGUGAAUCCUUCCCUUGUGAUCCUCUCUGGAGUCCUAGCCAGUCACUACAUCCACACUGUCAAGGACGUCAUCCGCCAGCAAGCCUUGUCCUCGGUUCAGGAUGUGGAUGUGGUGGUUUCGGAUUUGGUGGAUCCUGCCCUGCUCGGUGCCGCCAGCAUGGUUCUGGACUACACAACACGCAGGAUCUACUAGGCUUCCCAGGAGUGGCCACCGACAGAGACUAUCAGGUUGUCUUUUAGAUGUGCAUUUCUUAAAAAGCAAAUCUGAGAUUUAAAUUUGGUAUUUGGCAGGUGACUUUGCAGAGAAGUUUGUGCUUUCAGUCUCCUCUUCCAAAGUCACCUUUCCCAACCCCCAUUUUUGUAGAUGCUCUUCCUGGGGUCAUUUCAGCUCACACCCGAUAAAUAUCACUCACAGUUUUCUGUGUCAAAAGGAGCUACAAUAGCCUUAGACCUCUGCUUACUAGAUGUACCCUCAGACCGGCAGGUCUUGCUUGGGAAUGUGACUUUGAUACUAGAGUUUGGAUUAUUAAUCCUUCCUCCCUAAACUUAAUGAUUGAAAGGGAUCUAGUCAGCACAGAAAGAAAUCUUACUAUGAAAGGCUUAAGUGAACUUUUUAAAAAAAGUUUUAUUGAGGUGUUUUUAAAGUGCCCAGUUUGAUAAGCUUCAGUAUUAUGUAUGCACCUGUGAAACCAUUACCACAAUCAUGAUACUGGACAUAUUUGUCACCCCCAAAAAUUAUUUGUUACUACUCUCACAGAACCUUGAGCUGCUUAGACCAGGGAUCUAAAUUACAGCGGCCUUAGUGACCUUGUCUUCUUAAGGACAGCUGAGAAACCACUAGGACUUACAGUCUCUGAAGGAGAUUAACCAUCUCUAAAGGAUUGUUGCUACUGACAAGCAGACACCUCUCCCUUCAGUAUCCUUUCAUACUACAUUGAAUAUGGCCCUGGAGUGUCUUAUCAUGGCAGUGUUUGUGUCAGACCUAGAGCCCACGUCUGUGAAUCUGGAUUCCGGCUAAAUAAGAUUCCAUGCUUUCACGAUACAGAGGCCACGGUUCUUGCUGUCAGUUACAUCCUGGAAGAAAAACUAAUAGCCACCACUUAUUAAGUGCCUACUGUAUGCCAGGCUCUGAACUAGGUGUGCCUCAAACACAUUAUUCUAAAUUCUUGCAGCCUGUGACAUAGGUGUUUUAAUUCCCAUUUUAAUAGAACCUCAAAUUGUCUUAAUGUUUAAACAUACCUAAAACUAUGUGGCUAGUGAGUCUUAAGAGACAGGGUUUGAUCCCAGAUCCCCUGUGCUUUUUCUGCUAAGCUAUAUAACCUCUCACAUCAAAAAGCUUUCAAAAUGUGAAUAUAUUCUAAUUUACUGCAGGCUAUCAAAAGCUUUAUUUAAUAAGAAUAUCUCAGUAGUAGUAACUCGAUUUAUUCAUGGCAUUAUGUGUAAGCAGUGAAUUGAAUCAAAUAUUCCUCUGUGCUGUGUACAUUUUAGGAGCACAGUAUUUGGACUAGUGAUAGGUUUCAUGGGUACUUUUAGAUGAGCUAGAAAAGCAUAUACAUAUGUUUUUCAGAUUGUUUUAUUACUUUAGGAGAACUGCAAGGUUUCUAUAAUAUAUUGUUUCAGUAUUAGCAAUAUGAAAUAAAGUGAAGUAAUCCAUA